GGCAAUGUACACCAAUAACAGUCCGAUUUAUUGUGAUAUUGUUGUGUUUCACAAUGUAAUAAAAUCAGGGACACCCGAACGAUAUAAGGACCCUGUUAAUGAAGCAGUGACAACUAGUUUGGUUAAUGCAGUAAUUGUCAGUGAGGGAGGAGUUGAGAAGUGUCAAUAGACAUUGAGCUAUAAGGUUGUCAUGCCUAAACGCAAGAGAUGUCCAGUAUGCCAUGAAGACUUUCCUGAGAGGAGCUUUUAUCGCCACUAUUCCAGCUACUAUGACUCGGCAACUAAUUCAUGGUUGGAUCAUGGCCAAGAGGCAGACAGAACAAUUGCCAGAGAGGAAUCAGAAAGGAGAUUCAACAAUCUUCUUGCAGAUGUUGCAAAAGCUACAGAUUUCCCUGACGCAGAAGAAGAAAAAUGUUGUGAUGACCAUGGUGGCAUUAACAUCCCAACCAGUUGUCCAACAGAUGAUGUUCCAGAAGAAAGUGAUCAGUCUUCCGGAACUGAAGACAAUGACGAUGAAGAUGAUGAUGACGAUAAUGAGCCAGAACACUGGGACAUCCCUGCUGACUGUCUGGAUGAUGACUUGGGAAUUGAUGUUCAGCCCUCCGGUCUUAAGACCAUCAACAGUUUGUUGUUUUGUGUUGUGUAUGCAAUUUUAUAUUUGCAAGCAGUACAUCAUAUAAGCGACAAUGGCAUUGAGUAUUUGUUACGAUUUUUGUUCAAGAUCUUUCAAAUUUUUGGAGCCAAUGUUAAUAACCAACUGUUAUCCGAGUUUUGUAUUGGCUUUCCACCAAGUCUGUACCUUGCAAGAAAGUUUUUGAAAUUAGAUAGAGAUGAUUUUAAAAGAUAUGCUGUUUGUACAUCCUGUCAUACUCUGUAUGAAAUUUUUGAUUGUGUUUUUGAAAGAAAUGGUGUCAGGUAUGGAAAACAAUGUCAGGCAGAAUUAAAAGUUCGUGGUAGAUAUAUUAAGUGCAACACACCUUUAGUUAAACAAGUUAUUUGUAAGGGCAACGUUCGGAAAUAUUAUCCUAUCAAAGUAUAUUGUUACAACAGUAUUAUUUCAGGGAUUGAAAGAGUUUUGAAAAGAAAAGAAAUUAAAGAAGUUUGGCAACAUUGGCGGGAUUGGGAAACUGAAACUGAACUUUUGAGGGAUGUGUAUGAUGGGAGGGUUUGGAAAAAUUUCAUGUCUUUUAAUGGGGUUCCCUUUUUGUCUGAAUUACCGAGCAUUGGAUUAAUGAUGAAUAUUGACUGGUUUCAGCCCUUUAAAAACCGUAAUGAUUAUUCAGUUGGUGUUAUCUAUUUUGUUUUGCUUAAUUUACCACGGAACAUCAGGUUUAAAUCAGAAAAUGUCAUAGUAGCAGGACUUAUUCCAGCAUUUAAGAAAGAACCACACAGUAUUAAUUCUUUUUUAAAUCCCAUUGUUGAGGAGUUACAAGUGCUAUGGAAAGGUGUACGUUUGGAAUCAAGUUUUUUAAGUGCUGCAUCUGUCUUCAGGGCAGCUUUACUUUGUGUAGCAUGUGAUAUACCUGCUGCUAGGAAGUGCUGUGGUUUUAAAUCCCACGCAGGUAGAUUAGGAUGCCAUAAGUGCUUUAAAAUUUUUCCUGGAGAUUUUGGCGAAAAAAGGGAUUAUUCUGGCUUCGAUAGGAAAAAUUGGAAACCAAGGACAAAAUCUAUUCAUAAUUUAUAUGCUAGACGGGUAAAGAAUGCAACUAGUAAAUCGCAAGCUGAAAAGUUAUCCAGAGAUUUUGGAACUUACUAUAGUGUUCUUAUUGAAUUGGAAUAUUUUGAUGCCAUUCAAUUUUGUGUAAUCGAUCCUAUGCACAAUUUGUUCUUAGGAACAGCAAAAAAAAUGUUCAAGCUUUGGGUUGAAAAAGAUAUUCUAUCAUCGGAAAGUUUAGAGAAGGUUGAGGAAAGACUAGCAUCUAUAAAUUCUUUGACGGAUAUAGGUCGAAUUCCAACUCACAUUUCUGGAAACUAUGGAGUUUUCUCUGCUGCUGAGUGGAAAAAUUGGACAACAAUUUUUUCUUUAUAUGCUCUUUGUGGUAUUUUACCAGAUAAACAUUAUAAAUGCUGGGAAAAAUUUGUCUUAGCUUGCCGGAUUCUCUGUAAGCCAUUUGUUUCAAUCACUGAUGUACAAAAAGCAGAUUUAUUAUUGUUGGAUUUUUGCAAAACAUUCGAAAAAAUUUAUUUCCUUAAAGACGUUACCUGUAAUAUGCAUUUACACAAUCAUUUGAAAGAUUGUUUGUUAGAUUUUGGACCAAUCCAUGUAUUUUGGUGUUUUUCUUUUGAAAGAUUCAACGGUGCAUUCGGGUUUUUCCACACAAACAAUAAAGCAGUUGAAAUACAAUUCAUGCGAAAGAUUAUGACAUCCAAAUUUUGCGAUUCUUUUAAAGAAGUGUUACAAUUUCAUAAUGAGUUUGGUCUAUCAGAUAUCUUCUUUGGUGAAACUCAACAGAUUGACAAACCGUGUAAGAUAACAGAUAUGAUUCAGUUCUUGAAAGCCUCUGAAGCUGUCUCAUUCCCAUUUGCUUCUGUUGACGUUAUGCAAUUUGUUUCAUUACCCAAAGUUUUUAAAGUAGUUGCUCUCGACAAAGAUGAUAUUGUUAUUUUAAUGGCUUCAUACAGAAAAAUGUUUCCAUCUGUUUCUUUAAAUGUAGAUGACAUUGGGGAAGUAAUUAAAAAGUUUGGCUAUGUCACAAUUUUAGGUGAAAACUUUGGAUCUAGACAACUUCAUAGAAAGUUAAGGUCUUCAGAUAUCUUAGCUUGUUGGGAUACAGAACCCGGUGAAAAUAUAGGCCAUCCGACAAUGGAUCUUCAUCCUUGUAGAGUAGAUUUUUAUUUUACACAUACUGCUAUUGUGCAAGGGAAGACUUUCACAAAUAUAUUUGCCAAGGUGUCUUGGUACAAAGAGUACACAGAACGAUUUAAGUAUGGAAGCGCCCUACAAAUGUGGCAUUCUGAUAAGUUUGAGUCUAGUAGACAGAACUGCUUUUUACCAGUUCAGAAAAUACACAGUAGAUUUUCAAAGGGAAUUACUGGGCAAAGCAAAGACUUAAUGUGCGUCUGCCCAAUUCCUAGACGGGUUUUAAGUGAAAAUGACAAGUAACAGAAAACAUUUAACAGAGCUGUUUUGAAAUACACAAAUGUAUGUGUGCCGGGAUAUAUAUAAAGUAGGGUCAUUAGCUGAAUCUUGAACUAAGGACAAAUAAUUAUGCUUUUGGAGUAGAAAUCAAGAUUUCUUGAUGUACUAUCUUGUCAUAGUGCUACUCCAAAACAUGAAUUAUUUAACUUAUUUUUGUACUGUUUAUUAUAUGUAGACUUUUAUAUAAUUGUAUAGCCUCUUAUUUUUCAUAUGCUCAUGCUCAUGCAUUGUAUCUUGAACAUUUGAUAGUCUAGCAUGCUUUUGGAGUAGAAAUCAAGAUUUCUUGAUGUACUAUCUUGUCAUAGUGCUACUCCAAAACAUGAAUUAUUUAACUAAUUUUUGUACUGUUUAUUAUAUGAAGACUUUGUAUAAAUUGUAAAGACUGUUAUUCUUCAUAAUGCUAAUACUCGUACAUUGUAGCUUGACCAUUUGAUAGUCUAGCAUGCUUUUGGAAUAUAAUCAAGAUUCCUUUAUGUGCUUUUUCACAACAUAUUGAACAUAUUACUUUUAUUUCUACAUGAAUUAUAUUUAGAAUUUAUUUAACAAUGCAUUGGUUCACACUUUAGUAUAAAAUUUGGAUAUGAAAUAUUAAAGUGUGAUUGGAAAAUGUUGUAGACGAUUUUUUUAAAAAAAUUUAUUCAAUGAGCAAGGGCAAUAAAUAUCAAAAAAUGUUUUUGGUGCUAGUUUGAUUUUUCAUUUAUC